AUGGCGACACUGCUGUUCGCGCAUGCUACGGGCUUCUGCAAGCAGGUCUGGGACCCGGUUAUCCGUCGUCUGAAGCUCUCUCCGCUGCUGCAAGGCGCUGUGGAGCACUAUGUGACCUACGACCAGCCGUAUCAUGGCGUGAAUCGCGACAAUUCCGUGCCUGGUCAAGUGUACUACAAGAACGACGACCGCAACUCGCCGCGUGUAAGGCACCCGAUGAACAACUGGCCAGAGAUUAGCACGGAUGCAGCGUGGAUGCAAGUGCAGAAGCUGCAGUCGGCUGGAAUAGAGCGUCGUCCGUUAAUUGGCAUUGGCCACUCGAUGGGGGCUGCUGCACUCUGGGCUACGGAAGCGAAACACCCUGGUACCUUUGACGGGCUGAUACUCUUUGAGCCGAUAUAUGGAGAGGUCGACACUGAAUACGAAAAGAAAGCUGACUUCCUGGUAUCGCUCACAUUGGCUCGAGAAAAGAAAUGGCCUUCUAUGGAAGAUGCAACCACGCAUUUCAACAACUGGAAGAAUUUUUCGACUUGGGAUCGUGAAAUGCUCGCGAGCUGGAUCAGCGGUGCAGUUGUGUUCGACGAAGAGCAACAUGCCGCAGUGCUUGCAUGCGACCCGAUCAUUGAAGCCUCCAUCUAUGCUGGAUCUCGACUGGUUCUGACUGAAAGCGAGCUAGCUGCACCGCGUUGCCCGGUCACAUUCCACAGCGGAGAUCGCACGAAGCUGUUCGACCAAAAUGUAUUCGACGGGUUCGUGACAGCUCACCCGGACAUCUACACGAACCACGAGCCGCUACCUAAAACGUCGCACUUGCUGAUCUUCGAAGACCCCGAAGCAACCACCAACGCCGUCCUCUCCGACCUCAAGAACCUCCAACUUGCAGCUCGACUGUAA